CAUUUUGGGCCUCAGUGUGCCAAGAUAAUCCGUGAGCAGUGGUUGUUGUGGAUCUCUAAUAUCGGGCUCUUCAGGAAUAACUAUUUUAAAUAUUUUGUGUAUUUUACUAAUUGUGUAAUUUUGUAUACGUUAAUGAGUGGAGAAUUAAUGGGUGAAGCAAAGUGCAUGGCAAAAGUGCAAUAAACCCAAGGCACGCUUUUAACAAAUAUAUUUUGCUUUCCAAUACGCACACAACGAUAGACUGAAGAAGUUGAUUUGGAAGUAAAACAAAGAAAAAUGCUGAUUUUCUAUGCGAAAUACGCGUUUCUCUUUUGGUUUUUCGUGGGAAGCAAUCAAGGUGAAAUUCUGCUGAUGGACCAAGUCACCCACGAUGAGAUGCUGCUCAAUGUGACCGCCUGCACCCAGAACUGUCUGGAAAAGGGCACCAAAGACUUUCGGGGAUGCUUCAAGGACUGCAAAGUUAAUGGAACCGCUCCUGGAGCCCUGCGCAAAGUGCAGGAUAACUUCCAAAUGGAGAUGCUUUGUCGCACGGAGUCGGAGUUAGUUUUCCAAAUAGACUGGGUUCAGCACAGCAGGGGAAAUGGGUCGGCUCCAAAUGUCACAUACAUCAUCAAGGUGAAUGCUGUCAAGGAGGACAUUACAGGGGCCAAACUCUACUUGUCCGAUGAGAACAUUCUUAUCCUGCCGGGCUUGGAGUCCAACUGCAGCCACAACAUCACCGCUCUGGCGGUGCACGGGGAUGGGAGCUACUCGCUGAUAGCCAAGGAGCAGAGCUUCGCCACCCUCAUACGGGGAUAUCAACCCAGCAAAAUGGGAGCCGUGAGUCUGCUGCGAUUUGUCCCACAGCCAGAUGACCUGCACCACAUUGCUGCCGAGAUUGAGUGGGAGCCUUCGGCGGAGCGCAACUGCUUCUUUGACAUGGUGUCCUAUUCAACCAACAGCGUGAACUUGGGCGAUCCGAAAGAGGUUUGGUUCCGCGAUCAAAAGAAGCUGUACAAGCACACACUGCACAACUUGGAGUUCGACAAACACUAUCUGGUGGGUGUGAAAACGGUCAACAAAUUGAAUGGUCUGGAGAGCGCUUUGCAAUGGCUGACGGUGAUCGCUCCCAGCUGCUUGGAUUGGCAUCCCUUCAACUACACACUAUGCGCUCCCUACAAGCCGGAGAAUCUGAGUGUGAUGCAGGAGCAGUAUCUGCCGAAUACCUUGGCUCUGAAUAUCAGCUGGGCGCGACCCAGUCACCUCCCAGAUAGCUACACACUCCGCAUCUUUGAUCUGUUCAAGGGAAGCAAGGAGGUAAACUUCACCCUCCACCAGAACAGCAGCCACUUCUUCGUACCCAAGAUCACGGUGCUGGGCUCCCGUUUCGAGGUUCAUUUGGUGGCACAAUCGACUGGCGGCAAGAACGCCACCGAUUUGACCUUGGACAAAAUUCCGCGGGAAGUCUGGCUGAGUGAGGGAAAUCUGGUCAAACUGGUGCUCUUCAUUAUUGUGCCCAUAUGCUGCAUUUUCAUGCUGUGCUCCCUGACCUUCUGCAGACGGAAUCGGACGGAUGCCCACGCCUUGCAGUUGGAAGCCAAGGAUGCCAAGGCCACUGACUUCCACCUCUCGCUGAUGGACAGCAGCGGCCUGCUGGUCACCCUGUCGGCCAACGAGAGCCUGGAACUAAUGGACGAGCUGGAGGUCGAGCCCCACUCGGUGCUCCUCCAAGAUGUCCUGGGCGAGGGCGCCUUCGGUUUGGUGCGUCGCGGAAUCUACAAGAAGCGCCAAGUGGCCGUCAAAUUGCUGAAAGAUGAGCCCAAUGAAGAGGAUGUGUAUGCGUUCAAGUGCGAGAUACAGAUGCUCAAAGCCGUGGGCAAGCACCCAAAUAUCGUGGGAAUCGUUGGAUACUCCACCCGCUUCAGCAACCGAAUGAUGUUGCUAAUUGAGUAUUGCAGCCUUGGAAGUCUGCAGAGUUUCUUACGUGAGGAGUGGAAGAUCCGGCAGGAGCAGUGUGCCGUUGGCCUCAAGAAGAACCUUGGGCAGAGUGUAGACAAACGACGGCUCCACCGACCCACCCGCAGUCCCAUCCAUGCUCUCAUUGAGGACAUCAACAGCUCCAUGCUGUCCACUGUGGAGGAGGAGAGUGAAACGGAUCGCACACAGACAAGCGGUCGGGUGGAGACCUACACCCUCACGCGAGUCACCAAUGCAGCAGACAACAAGGGUUAUGGACUGGAGGAUAUUGAAAACAUCGGAGGUAGUCAUGUUCCAAUGGUCUUAGAGGAUUGUAAGAAGGAGUCAAAACAGGAGCUAAAACCGGAGCUGAAGAAAGAGCCGGAACAGCAGGACUCCAAGUUCGAAGGCAAGAAGCGAACCUUCGAGAACAAGGAGUAUUUUGAUUGCCUAGACUCAGCGCAUUCCGAGCCAAGAGUGCCACUAAAAUACGCAGAUUUGCUGGACAUUGCCCAACAGGUGGCGGUGGGAAUGGAGUACCUGGCCCAGAACAAAGUCGUGCAUCGGGAUCUGGCCGCUCGUAAUGUGCUGAUCUCCCUAGAUCGCAGCAUUAAGAUUGCGGAUUUUGGCCUAAGUCGGGAUGUCUACCAUGAGAACGUGUACCGAAAGUCCGGAGGAAGUGGCAAGCUGCCCAUUAAGUGGCUGGCCCUGGAAUCCCUCACCCACCAGGUGUACACCAGCCAGAGCGAUGUCUGGUCCUUUGGGGUGCUGCUCUAUGAGAUCACCACGCUCGGCGGAAUGCCGUAUCCCUCGGUUUCUCCCAGUGAUCUCCUGCAGCUGCUGCGACAAGGUCACCGGAUGAAGCAACCUGAGGGAUGUACUGACGAAAUGUUCACUUUGAUGAAGAGUUGCUGGAGUUCCGUGCCCUCACACAGACCCACAUUUUCCGGACUGAAACAAAGACUUGGAGCAAUGAUUUCGGCAGAAAACGAUGUGCCGGAACGGCUAAAGCAACUGCAUGCUGCAAAUGAAACAAAAGUAAAGUCCAGUGACAAUCUCCACAGUCAAGUGGAGCAACUGCCCUGUGAGGAGGCGCCAUACUUGGAGCCCUUAAAUUAAUCUCCUUUAGUUAUAGAAGAUAAAGAUUGAGUGCAAUACUAGAUUGUUGGAGAAAAAAUGUUACCAUAGAAUUCUAGUUUCCAAUUCAGACAACGCUGACAAGCAGACAACACAUUUCUACUUGCAAAUAAACAUUAAAGAUAGGUCUAAGAAUAUAA